AAGGUGCAAAUGACUUUCUUGAGUUUGUUAAUUUGAUCAGUAUACGUAGUUGUUUUUAAUAAUUCAGGCCCAAAGAGGACAUGUCAGAACUUGAAUUAAUUCUAGCGUGUGGGUAGUCACCGAAAAGUUAUGUUUUGACUUGAAGAGGACUGUUAAUUAGAUAUUAGAGAUUUCCUAAUAAAAACUUAAGGACAGGUCUAUUUUAAAUUUUUUCCUUAGAAACUGGGAAUACUUUCGUCCUUAAAAAUACAGGUGAAGUCAAGUAACCAAUGUAAAUAAUGAUCCACCCUCUUCCCUGCCCUCCAUAAUAAAAACUUAAGGAGCGGGUCUAUUUUAAAGUUUUCCUUCGAUGUUAGUCCUUAAAAAUAUAAAUGAAAUUAACUAACAGGUGUCUGUGGGAUUCACCCUCUCCCCUCCCCACAUCCUUAAAUGAAGUCCCUCCCACUUCUAGAACGGGAGCAUCUGUCUUGCUCCUUUAAGUACAGAAACCUUUGCUUCAUGUGAGUAAGAGCGUCUUCAUAGGAGCGUCCACCUCCUGUUUCAGAGGCAUGCUCCCUAAAACGCGACACAGCAUUCACCUGUAGCUCCGUGGUCGAAAUGUGUUCCAGAAUUUCAAAUUCAGACCCAUUUCUCCUGCUGUAUUCCAACACCUGCACUGAUGAUUGGAUUAUUUGAAGGCUUGUAUGUAAAUACGCAGUUGGCUAGAGUUGAGCUGGAAGAGCAAAAGAAGGAGAAGAGUUGUGAAGUCACACCGUCAGGCAGUAACGGCGAGGCACGGGGACAGACCCUGGAGAAAACGUGUUGCCGUGUCAUUGUCAGGGGCCACGCUGCCGCCCUCUGCUCCUUAGGUCAGGACGAUUGAUGUUGGACGUCAGCUGUUGGUUUGCAUGGACCGGAAGCAGACGUGGUCUCAUUCCGUGCCCUGGCCGGGGAGGGUCUGCCCUGGGCUGUGGGGUCUUGUUCCCCCUUGGGACCACAGCCGCUCUUGCAGACCGGAGCCGUGCCCAAAAUGGCAGCCCGCGUUCUGAAGCCUGCAGGCUCUCUCUGUCACUGCGGCUGUGACACCUAUGUGGUCCUCUUUACUGCUGCUCUGCCUGAUUGGGAAAGGUCUGUCCAAAAGCCUAAAAGCAAAGGUCUAGAAAUGGAUGUUAGGACACAGCAUGAUGCUCCCAGAUCACCAGGAGAACAGUACAUGUGUACCUCGUUCACUUCUGCAUCCCCACUUAAUAAGCACCCAACGGAGAGCUGUCGAACACAUUUCAGUUUGCAGUUAAGGCUGGCCAGUAAGAGAUCAGGGAUCAUAAUUUAAGACCUAAUUUGGUCUUAUCUUUAAUUACUGUGGAGUGACCUGUUUUUACCUCAAUUUACAAAACUUAACAAUCACCCCUUGUUCUUUGGGAGGGAGAGCGCGAAGGUCGCUAGUGCCAUCUAGUGGUGGCCCACAGGUUUGAAAAGCCGCAAAAAUGGGAGGAAAAAAUGCACCUGCUCGCAUUCCAUUGACACCUUAUGCUCUGUGCGGAAAAGGUGAUGGUAUUGAUUGGGGUAGAAUAAAUCAUCAAAUAUAAAGCAGAAAGAAUAAUGACAGGUGACAGAAUAGGCCAGUGAUGUGUUUUUCAUUAAAUUUUAACGCUAAUCAGUACAUUUAUAAUUUAGCAUCAUUCUUUACAAAGUCUUCGAAUUCUUUCCAGCUGAGCAUUCGAUCCCAGAGGGUGUUUGGUGUCGUUCUACUCAGUGGCACAUCCACCAAACACUUUAGGAAAGAUGGAAUUGUGUUUUGUACCUUUACCUUCAUCAUGACAUCACCACCACCCUGUUAACUGACGCACCAGAAAAUCUCCCAUUUCUCCCGAAGAACAUUCUCCCGAGUGUUGUGCCAGCUUCUCUCCCAGUGGGGUAACCCAGGGGCCUGGGUAGGGAGCGGAUGUGGUUACUGAGGGACUCGCGGGGCCCCGGCUAGGCUGGGAAGGCUCUUAAGGGCAUGGGGUCUGUGUGACCUUCAGAGGGAGACCCCAGCCCGUUUCCUAAUGCGUCGCCAAGGCCGACGGGGGGUGAGCACCACACUGCCCGUCAGAGUCUGCUCUGCUCUUUCCAGGGCUUUAGGCUCAGUGUGUCCAGCACCACCAGCGCUCACUCACUCUUGUCACUCAUUUGUACACUCCCACCUCUGCUUUAGAAGUCUUCCCCACAGGCUUCCGAUGGCAGGUCAUUGCAUUCUGGCUUGAUCUGUGAAGGCCUGGGGCUCGGGAGAGCAUUCGCUCAGGCCGGAGCAGUAGUGGCCCCGGGAUAGCCGGUCCUCGGUGGGCAGAGGGCAGGUUUCAGGGCCAGGAGCAGGGGUCCUGGUGUCUCUCCUUGUCUGUGACAGGCGGUCCUGGCGUCUUGAAGUCAGUCGUGUCUUUGGAUCUCAGAGUUUCCUGCCUACAGGGAAAAUCAGAGAUGUUGAAAUGAUUGUAUAUAUGAACCUAAAAGAGGCUUUUUUUUUUUUAAUUGAAUACUAUUUCCACCUUGGAGUUUGAUUGCAGCUGAGCAGAGGGUUGAUGGGAGGCCUUGGGGAUUCCCAGUCUCUCCGAGGAUAGUUCUAUCGAGACAGGGCAAUUAUCUUCUAAAUGAGAAGUGGACUCCCAGGACAUCCAACCGCCCUGUAAUCACAGGCCAGUUUUUAAAAGAGGUGGUGGAUCGUCAUUUGGGAUUAUCCACGCCUAUUUCCCUCCGUUAGGGUAUUUCAUUUCUAAACCACACUGACUUACACUUCCCAUCUCCCAGUUUUAAGACACUGUUCCCAUUCAUUCAUUCAUUCAUUCACUCGUUGGUGUGUGUUUGGUACAUUUUUUUUUUUUUUUUGGAGCUCCAGUGGCGGCGGACAAGGCAACGUUCAGACGCAGUGAGGGGCCUUACGCUGUUUUUACUCGUGAUACGUCCCAGCCCCUCCUGUGGAGUGUGGUAGGAACGCGAUGGGAACGCCGAGAGAGGCGGAGAACGUGGAGCGAGCACCCUCCGCUGACACGGGAGAGCCGGCGUCCCGUAGCCUGGUCCCUUGGGCCUUUGUGCUGUGGGCAGCAGCUUGGUGGUGCUUGGCAGAUGCCGUGAAGAAGGAGGUCCAGGUUUUGGAGACAGGUUGUGGCCGUGGUGCCUUGUGACUCCACUAUUGUCCUUCUGGCUCCCGGGCCUGGGACGUCAGGCAGGCAGAGGAGGACCCCGUGUGUGCUGCGAGAUACGUCACCGUGCACAGUGAAGCUUGAUGUCUCUGUGUCUUUACAUUUCUCCAAACCCUGGCAGUAUCUCAUGUCUUCGUGGCCAGUGUUUGGGCCCUGCUAAGUCCUCCACAUCCACAGGGAGCCGGCCUGAGAACUCCGUGACCUUCAAUCCUUACGAGCCAGACCGGGGGCCCUGGCCCACGGACAGAGAUGCCCAGAGAGAAGCCAUGCCCAUGGACACCGAAGUGUACGAAAGCCCCUACGCUGACCCGGAGGAGAUCAGGCCCAAGGAGGUCUACCUAGACCGCAAGCUGCUGACCCUGGAGGACAAUGAGCUGGGCUCUGGCAACUUCGGGACCGUGAAGAAGGGCUACUACCAGAUGAAAAAAGUUGUGAAGACAGUGGCUGUGAAGAUUCUGAAGAACGAGGCUAAUGACCCGGCUCUUAAAGAUGAGUUAUUAGCAGAAGCGAACGUCAUGCAGCAGCUCGAUAACCCUUACAUCGUGCGCAUGAUCGGGAUAUGUGAAGCCGAGUCCUGGAUGCUGGUUAUGGAAAUGGCAGAACUGGGUCCACUCAAUAAAUAUUUACAGCAGAACAGGCACGUUAAGGAUAAGAACAUCAUAGAGCUGGUUCAUCAGGUUUCUAUGGGAAUGAAAUAUCUGGAGGAGUGCAAUUUUGUGCACAGAGAUCUGGCUGCAAGAAAUGUAUUGCUGGUCACUCAACAUUAUGCCAAGAUUAGUGAUUUCGGACUUUCCAAAGCACUUCGUGCUGACGAAAACUACUAUAAGGCCCAGACCCACGGGAAGUGGCCGGUGAAGUGGUACGCUCCAGAGUGCAUCAACUACUACAAGUUCUCCAGCAAGAGCGACGUCUGGAGCUUUGGGGUGUUGAUGUGGGAGGCGUUCUCCUACGGGCAGAAGCCCUAUCGGGGCAUGAAAGGCAGUGAAGUUUCGGCUAUGCUGGAGAAAGGAGAGAGGAUGGGGUGCCCCACCGGGUGUCCAAGGGAGAUGUACGAGCUGAUGAAGCUGUGCUGGACGUAUGAGGUGGAGAAGAGACCCGGCUUCGAAAACGUGGAGCUGCGGCUGCGCAACUACUACUACGACGUGGUGAACUAAGGGCCCCACGCCCUGCGCCGCUGCCGGGGGCAGGGGAGCGGUCACAGCAGAGCCCGCCCAACGCAGGGAUUUCGAGAGCGUCCACCUCUCUCUCUGCCGUCGGGAGAGGCCAGCCUCGUGCGGGACACGACCGUCGUCCCCAAAGCCUGCCCCGGAGCACGCCCUCCGCAGAGCACACCCUCCCCGAGGAGCCCGGGAAGAAAGACGGCAGGACCGGAGGGGGCCCGUGGAUUCCUUUGUGUUUCUCGCCUGUGCGGUUUGCAGGACAGGUUCCAACGAGGAUCCAUGUGGGCAUCCGAAUCU